GCAGAUUAGAGGCUGCGGGCGGCGGCGCGGCUGGCGUGGCUGGGAGCGCGGCGCUGAGCCUGGUUGCGUUCUCAUACCUCUGGGAGGGCGCCCGCUUGGCUUGAGGUACCCAGUCCCUGCUCCCUGCCCUCAGUGAGCCGAGCUACCCCACGGGCGCCACCAUGACAGGCAGCCUCUGUGUCCCGGUGCUCUUGGCCGCCUGUCUCGCGGCGGCAGCAGCCGAGGGCCUCGAGCAGGCCGCGCUGCCGGCAGAGGAGAGCCGGGUGCAACCCAUGACCGCCUCCAACUGGACGCUGGUGAUGGAAGGCGAGUGGAUGCUGAAAUUUUAUGCCCCCUGGUGUCCAUCUUGCCAGCAGACUGAUUCUGAAUGGGAGACUUUUGCAAAGAAUGGAGAAACACUUCAGAUCAGUGUGGGAAAGGUGGAUGUCAUUCAAGAACCAGGUUUGAGCGGCCGUUUCUUUGUUACCACUCUCCCAGCCUUUUUUCAUGCAAAAGAUGGGAUAUUCCGCCGUUACCGUGGCCCAGGAAUCUAUGAAGACUUACAGAAUUACAUCUUAGAGAAAAAAUGGCAGUCAGUUGAGCCUCUGACUGGGUGGAAAUCACCAGCUUCUCUAACGAUGUCUGGAAUGGCUGGUCUUUUCAGCAUCUCUGGCAAGAUUUGGCACCUUCACAACUAUUUCACAGUGACUCUUGGAAUUCCUGCAUGGUGUUCUUACGUCUUUUUCGUCAUUGCUACUUUGGUGUUUGGCCUGUUCAUGGGUCUGGUCCUGGUGGUGAUCUCAGAAUGCUUCUAUGUGCCACUUCCAAGAGUUUCAUCUGAACGCUCUGAGCAGGAUCAGAGGCCGGAGGAUGUUCAUGGAGCUGAACAGCUACAGGAUGCAGAAGAAGAAAAGGAUGACUCAAAUGAAGAAGAAAACAAAGACAGUCUUGUGGAUGAUGAGGAAGAGAAAGAGGACCUUGGAGAUGAGGAUGAAGUAGAGGAAUAUGAGGAAGAGGACAACCAGUCAGGCAUCAAGGAUGAGGAAAGAAGUGAUGCCAAUGACCAAGAAGUACUGCAGGAAGGCAGUGUGUCCCAGAAGGAACGUGAACCUGAUGAAGCUCAUUCAGUGGACACGCAGGAGGUGGUGGAAGACUCAUUGAGGCAGCGCAAGAGUCAGCAUGCAAACAAGGGACCAUAGAUUUCAUGUUGCUAUUUCUAAAAAUAUAGGCAAGAAAAAUAAGUCUACUUCCCUCUGGUCUGCAGUUUAAGCUAAAUCCUUAGUUUGUAUUUAGUUUUUAAAUUUUUUUUCCUGAAUGAACAGUGUUUACUCUUAAAAGAUGAUCUCUGGUCCUGUGGUCACAUGGUAGUAAGCCUCUGUGUCCUAAAGAGAGUCAGGAACAGCACUCAGCCACCAUGGUGUAAGGAUCUUUGCAGGGAUUUAGGUGGAGAACAAGUUGAUAUACUUGGGGCCAAAGAAUCAACCAGAGAACUUUUCUCCAGUCCUUCAUAGCACCUUUAGAAAUGAGGCUGAUGACCUAAAUAAAAUGAGAGCAAAAUCAUAUUGGUCCUGAACACCCUGGAAGUACAGGAAGAAUCUUCAUUGUUAAGCAUUGCUUUUGUCAUGUAAGAAACAUUGGGUACCACGGUCCCCCAAACACUUUCUAGGGCCAGAAAUUCUAAAGACCUGGGUAUAGAUACAACUUCAGAAAGAUGCUGGGGAGUCAUCUGAGCUCCCUUGGUUUCUGUUGUCUUUUCUUUCCUAUGUUUAAUUCCUGUGACUUCUCCACUAUGGGACUGAAGAUUACCACAUGUUUCAUAACUGCUCUGUAGUGAGAGCAGAUAACAGGAGUCUGGAUCCAUUACUCUCAUUUGACUUAAAGCUGUAGGUAAUCAGUAAUCACUGCUGAUGACGCUUGGACUGCCAAGUAUCUCAAAGACAUGUAAUCUUUGGAAAUUCAAAAGGUAGUAGGGGUUUCAUAGGGCCGGUACGGACAAACAACUGGUUUUGGCCAGCCUGUAAUACUUACAGGAUAACUUCUUCAAGAGUUCCUUUAGCCACAUUCUUUGUUUUUCUGAACCCCAAAGUGUGCCGACUUCAGGUUUAGUUUCCAUCUCAAGGGGUUCCUGCCUCAAGAACCACUUUAAUAAUAACUGACAAACAUGUCUACUUUUCUUUCAGUGAUGUGCUUUUGGUGAAAAAAAUUUAUGAAAGUCAAUUUCAGGAGAUGAAAGAUUUGAUUUUGUUUCUGUCUUACUUAAUCCUCUAGAGAAUUGUAUCAUUAUCUCUCCUUACUCAAUCUGGUAUCAGUAUCAAGCAUCUUAAAAAAAAAUCUUUCCAACUCCUCUCUUACCCUUUCAGGUCUUAGAAUAAAUUCAUAAAGUCAAAUUCUAGAUCUAUGAAAUAUGCCUAAAGUCAAUCUUCUAUGUAACCCUUGGAUUGAGUCUGUCAUGUUUAAAAAACGUUAUGUAGUUUUCUCUGUAUUAGCUGCCAACAGGAGGUUCACAGGUGAUGGGGUUCAGAAUCUGCCUUCCUGUACUAUAUGAGGCUGCUACAAACCUUGCACAAAGGAAGAUUUUCUUGUGACAAUCCAUUCUUUAUAAAUGUUUUUAUUUCAUCUUUGUAACGUAGUUAAUUGUUCACUCAAGGCUGAGGCCAUCAUAGAACAAAGGAAAAGGUCACCUUCCUGCCCUUCCAUGUUCCUGUCCUCUGACACGUCUUUACUCAAAAGACCCAUGGUUCUGUGGUGGCCUUUAUCUUCCUGCUAGAGCUAAGAUGUUUCUUCUCUCCUGCCAGUGGAUUUCUUCUCUUGUUAUAGUAAACCGAGAUCAGAGUGGUGGGAAAGGGAAGACUCUGUGUCUCUGUUCUGAGUAAUACCCUUCCUGCAAACUGACGUUCUGGCUUUUAAUGGGAUGUUUAACUAGAGGGAAGGCUUGAGAAUUAGUCUGCCUUGGCUUUUAGAAAUUUUUCAAAGCCAGUUUCCAAUUAGAUCAAAGAGUACUUAAUUGUACAAUGAGAUUAUACAUUUCCUUUCUUAAAAAUACUUAAGAUAAGUAGGAAGGUAGGAGAAAAAAGUCAUGAAGAAGGUCCAGUCCAGUAAAAUUAUAUUUAUCUGUAGGAAUUAUUUUCCCUAGCCUUUCCUUUUUUAACAUCCUGGCAAAAAAUUGGGUUUCUAAUAAAUAGUCUAGAAAGUACUUACUAAUUUAAUUUCUUUCCAUUUGAAGCCUUUAGGUUUAUUUUCAAUACUUAUUUGAUAUAAAAUUAAAGGAGAAAAUUCAACUUAAAAUUAGAUCAAUGUUUAAUAUGCUUUAUUUUUGUCUACAUAAUAAUUUAAUCCAGAAGUUAAGUGCAUGGAAAAAUGAUUUUAUAUAUAUAUAUAAAAAACUAACUAUGCUUCUCCUCCACUGCCAUAUCUGCUAUUUAAUUGUAGAAUACUAGUUUAUGUUAAAGUUGGUUAAAUGAGAUAGUAACUGUGGGGUAAGGGUGUGCAGUGCUUUAUGUACAGAUAGUUAGGAUAAGGUGCGUUGUUCUUUAUUGAAAUGUCUGAAAACUCCACUUACCUCUCUUUUUUUUUUUAAAAUUUCUGUUACUGUUCAUUUCUUUUUCUGUGCUGAACCAUGCCAGCUUGCUUAGAAUCUCAUGGAGGCAGUACACAGGAAAUUUCACUUUUUUGUUGUCUUUAUUGUUUUGUUUUGAAGGAUAAUCAUGGAGCAGAUAAGGGGUGGCUCAUUUGCUUCCCAGCCAUUGAACUGCACGGCAGUCACUACAGUCUCGUCUUGUAGUAGGGUCUGUACUAGUUAUCUAAUAACUAGUGCAGUAGAGGGGAAAGAAGCUUGAGACAGAUCAGCUUGGACAUUUGAGAAAGCCACACGUUUACUUUUUAGGUGCAAACCCGUGACUUAUAAUUAAGACAUUGUCACAUAGUUUGAGUGUGCAUAAGCUUGAGUAAGUAUAUCUUGUAACAUCUUUUGGGUAGGUAAUUAAAAUGCUAGUUAAAGGCAUAUCUACUGUGUGACAUUUUGCAAGAUGAGAAACAAUAGAGUCUAAAGGAAAAUUUAAAAGGAUUAAAAGGGGUGAAUGUUAUUUCAGCAUAAAAUCCUAAGCCUCAAGUGAGAGAAAGAAGGGGAGAUGGGUACUUUUGCUGGUGUUUGCAGGUUUUCUGUGUUCUUCUUUUUAGUGUCCUGCUGUUAUUUCUGCCAGUAUUGUAUUUGUGCAAUUGACUAGCUGUCAGAUCUGCCAACUGUUUGGAAAGUAUUUGUGUAAAUAUUUGUGCCAACAGAGACUCUCGCAGUAUUGUGUCUCAUUACCUCAUUCUGGGAUAUGAUCCUCUUGAGAUUGUAGCUUGUCUGAUAGAAGCCAAGGUUGAGUCUGAUGAAACCUGCUGGAUAAGUUCUUUGAGCAGCUACUCAAAGCAGGAGGUUCAACUGAGAAAAACCUUGGUCAGCUUCAGCCUAGCACAUGGACCUCACAGGCAUAUUCUCUAAAGUUGUGUAGACUGUGAUUCUGUUUACAUGUGACUAUGACUUGUUUCUAAUGUGGUUGAAUUUUGUUUCUAGACAGCUUUGUAGAAAUGCAGUUUUUAUACUAAAACUGUUCAUUUGUAAGUCUGUACAUUAUAAAAUGUCUGUGUUUAUUCUUUGUAUUAAUUUUGAUUAUUUAUCCCACUGUAUUUAUUUUACUUUAUGUAUUCUGUGCUCUCUCAAAUAGAUGUGUAGCAACUGAAAUAAGAAAUCAGUGUAUUGUUUCAAGUACUGCAUUGCCUGUGUUACAAAUCCUUUGAUCAGGGGAUUGUAAAUAACCUUGAGCCUACAUACUGCCUUUUUAUUGUCAAGUUCCAUUUUUGUCAAAAUUUAAUUAAUGGUAGUGAUGACCAAUGAAACAGAAUGGUGUAUUGCUUUUUCAUAUAAAUAUUUUCACACAAAAAGUAUUUGUGGAGGCAGUUGAAAAUAUUACUUUGUUAAAAAAAUAA